GUGGAGGGGCCGAGCAGCGUCUGGGUCAGUGUGGUCUGUCAUCUCAGAUAAUCUAAGAGCGAGCAAGCGCAUGAGACCGAGUGUGUGCAUGUAUGUGUGUGUGUAUGAGAGAGAGAGAGAGAGAGAGAGAGAGAGAGAGAGAGAGAGAAGGAGCGCAGCAGGAGCGAGGAGGUAGAGAUGUCAGAGGAUGUGGUUUUCCUGAGCUUGCAGAACACAGCGCAGGCAUAGUUUGAGCAUGACCUCAACGCAGGCACGCAAAACGAGCUCUCGGUGCUCUGCUUAGCCCUGUGCAGGACUGGAACCAGUGGGAUUCUGAGAAAACAGAGCCACACAAUAAAAGUGCUCUCAGAAGAACAGAUCACGGACUCGUUGUAUUCUGGAGCUCCAGGACAUCACGCAGGAAUUUGGGAAUUUUUGCGCGCAAGCUCGUUCUCAUCCUUUCCUCGCUUCAUGCCGUUCGUGAACUUCGCAGAGAAGACGUUCUCUCCUCUCAUCGUUGAGACUUAACGCACCUGUGGAUCCACAACGGCCAAGCAGGACCAACGUGCACUCUGAAAGCAGAGAUGGGUUGUGGGCUCAGGAAGAUCCGUCAGACGGACGACAGCAGUCCAGGGAAGAUCUACUCAACCCUCAAGAGACCGCAAGUCGAAACCAAGAUCGGAGUGGCCUACACUUACUGCCAUGUCGACUUCCUGGUUGGAAAAGAAGAUGUGACGUCGACCCUGUGCCUGUCCUCGGUACGGGAGCUGCCAUCCCAGCUACAGGAUCUAUACCAGCAGGGCUUUGUCCUCAUAGCUGUCCAUCCCUUCGUCCACCCGUGUGGCCCGGAGCUCGCCAGCGUCCAGCGACAGCUUUAUCGUGCAGUGCUCAGCAAAGUGCCCGAAAGUUUGGAGAAAAGUCCAUCAGAGUUCGAGCCUUACCAUCUGAAGUUGGAGGAGUGUUUGUCUGCUGAUCACAUUCCGACCCCGGAGCACAUCCAAGGAUAUGUGAAAAAACAGAUUCAGGAUGCAGCCGAUCAGGGCAUCAUGUUUUCCGGCUUCAUCCAGGAACCAGCCGGGCUCCACCCUCGUGUCACAUCACGAGGAGGCCUUGGAGAGGCGUCUCUGUCGUUGCACUCCAGUCCGAGUUCUCUACGCUGCUCUGAGCUCACGGCAAGCCCAAGUCAUCAGGGGGAGAGCGGCACUGAGGACUGGGCUGCAGAUGGAGAGACGGAAGAGCCGAGAACUUCUCGAGACGCAGGUGGAGAUGCUUUCUCAGACGUGAUGUCCACUGUUUCCAAAUCGGAGUGUUGUGAUGGAGAGCAGGAGGACGUACCGUCGCCCAACAACAAGGCCAAAGACAAGGAAGGGAAUGAAAAACCCAGCAGGCCGUCUCUUGGCAAAUGUGGUGCUGAACUUUUCGGCUUGUUUAACUACCCGGGUGGGCGUCAGCAGCCGCUGAAGUACUACACAGUGAAGGUGCCUCUGCGGGUGCAGCCUGGUGAUGAGGGCAGUCAUGCCAUCGAGGCCCAGUGGCUGGAUCACAUGACACAGCACUUCAACAACGGAGCCUCGCUGGUCGACGGCUACUUCAGUCUGGGCAAAGACGAUGAUCAGAUACCGAAGGUCAUCGACAGUGUGUUUAUUUUUCAAGAGGGAGACUCCAGUGCAAGCACAACCUACGACGCCAUUGUGGUCGAACAGUGGACCAUCAUUAACGGGGUUCAGGUGAAGACGGACUACGUCCCUCUGCUGCAGUCUCUGGCUUCAUUCGGAUGGAGGCUCACCUGUGUGUUGCCCACACCCAUCGUCAAGACCAACAGUGACGGAAGCGUGUCCACUAAGCAGAUCGUGUUCCUGCAGAGACCAACACUGCCCCUCAAGAGGAAACACUCCAAGAAAAUCAUCUUCAGAGCCCGAAAGAACUCAAGCAAGAACUCAGUCAAGGACACACUGAAAAACAAGAAGAAGAAGAACAACACAACAGAGAAGGAGCUGGACGAUCAGAAGAUCCAGGAUGGAGUGGGGAAGGAUGGCAAAGAGAACACAGAUGAGAACAAGGGUCAAAACAACAUCAGUGGAGACAACGACGGGACAGAUGGAGAGACGAUGCAGAACGAGCGAGCAGACCUGGAGGAAAGGGACGAGAGAACGACGGAGGUGGAGGCAGAAGUGAGGAGAGAGAUGGGAAUAAAAUCGAUGAAUGGAAAGCAAGAAGAGGCAGAUGAUGAGAUAGAGACUCUUUCUGACGUGAACAAUGGAGAGAUGUUAGGUGAAGAGGUGGAGAAAAGUGGAGAGGAAGCCUACCAUCUGCAUAACGGCUUAGAUGAUCAAGAACCGUCAGCAAAUGAGGUGCAAGAUGAAAACAGCAUUGAUGUCGAGGACGUCGAUUCAGCCGAUCAGGAGUAAGAAUUUCUGCUGCCUUGAAUGUCACACAAAAACCUCGUCUGGUUUUUUUUUUUUAUUUGUUUGUUUAUUUUUAUCAGUAUAAGCACUGGAUUUUAUGACCAACACCCGGAUGUGUAUGAUAUAUAUGAGGAGCUCAAGACAGAAAACACUUUUUCUUCGCCUUGCUCUCAACUUGUUCAAAAUCGACAAAGCAGCAGACGCAUCCAGUGGACUUAAAGACUGUACCAUGAGGAAUGGCGGAGACCAUUUUUUGCGAAAGGCAAUCUGUUCUAAAGAAGAUAUCAUCACCUCCGUUUGUUUACAUGUCUGAAUAUCAAUGCUGAGUCGCCAGUUUGUGAGGUUUGGCAACCUUCUAGGUGCAACCAGUAACCAGUUUAUCAGGUCUUUGUAUGUAUAAGGGAAUACACCCACCCUGGAUGGGACACCGAUCCAGAACCAAAUAUUACCAACAUCCAUUUCUAUUGCCCCAUCAGAGAAGACAUCCAUCAGAAAACAAUAAAACCAUCACAUCCACGUAGAACCAGUCACUGACCCCAAGGACCGUUUACAUUGUGAUAUCUGGUAUGAUGAACCAUUAAAAACCAUUGUGAUCCUGGAGUGGUCAUAGCAGCAUUGAACGGCAAAAGGCAAGAGGCGUUGGAUUUGCUGUAAAGUCCCACCUCGCCCAGAAACUUACCAAACUCCCAGAAGGCAUCAAUGAUCUCCUGAUGACACUUCAGCUCCCACUUAGAAGCAAGAAGAACGCAACAUUGUUUAGUGCUUAUGCUCCCAUAAUAGAUAAAACGCAUUGCUGAGGCCCAGAAGAAACGAGCUGCAUGGAAGACUCGAACUAUCACCACCCCAAGUACACCACUUACCUAUGCGUGCCUGACAUGUGGGUGUACCUUCAAAGCCCGGAUUGGCCUCAUCAAUCACCUCAACCAUCACCCAUCAAAUUGAAGUCAUGGUCAUCUUCGACCCUGAUGGACGAACAUCAUCAUGAUGAACCAUUACGAACCAUUACAAACCAACAGGUAUCAAUGAAUCAACAGAAACCUGACCAGCCACACCGUACCCUAUUUAUCAAUGGAAAGAGAUCAUCAAACGGUCCACGUCUAACCAGAUAUUACUUCCCUGGUCUUUUGGUGAACCUGUUGAUUUAAUGAAUGGUGUAAAGAAAUCCAUUAGAAAACUAUAAAACCAUCAAAUGCACCAAGAACCAGUAACUGCUCCCAUGGUCCAACACUAGGACUAUUUUCAUUGUGAUAUUUUAGUAUUUUUUCUUACUAUGAACCAUUUCAAACCACCAGGAUCCACCAGAAUUUGGCCAGUCUUACCCUACACCAUUUUUCAACGCAAAACCAUGAUCACAUGACCACCUCUGAACUUAAAAAUACUGCGUUUUCAGCAGGAGAUACAGUAUGAUAUGAGUGUAUAUGUAAAUGAGCUGCUGUGGUAGAUCUGUGGCAGCUGGACCUGAUAAAAUGGCCAGUCGUUGAAGGUAAAAUGCAAAUGUACCUGAUAAACUGGCAACUCAGUGUAGACUGUGAUCCUCCUCCAAUGCACACUGAGCAGAACAAUGUUUUGAGCAGUCAGCAUUAAAGGAACAUUUUGAUGCCAGCCGAAAAGAAGAGUUUCCUAUUUAGAGACAAUCUACGCUGACUCUGCAACAGACUACGCAGACGUUGUUGGGGUUUUUUUUUCCUUUUGGUGUAUUUCUGACUCACCGAGGUAAUGAAUGUCAAAAUCCCCUGAUGUCUGCAAAAUCUCCAGAAACCCAAAAACGAACAGCACUCAAGAGCCUGACAGUCAAAUGAGGUCCUAAUCCUCUCUACCACAAAGCAAUUGUUACCAUGCGAGCAGCACAACAUCCAUUUUUCAGGCACCUCAACUCAACAUCUGUGACCUUUGGAGCAUCGCAGGAUAAGGACGCACCUAUUAGCUGAAUGUCAUGACCGCUCGUUUAUUUGUAACGAGCGACAGGAGUUUCAUUCAACUCCCGAUCCAUGAUUCAUUUGACACUCUGACAGCCAGACGUAUGCUGUCCUACGUCUCAAAGCGUGAAUUUCUGUCCGUGUUAAAGAUCUUACGAUUUCAAAAGGAGAGCUCGUGUCAAGUGGGUUUGAAGCCGACACUGCGCUCCUGCCAGUCGCAGCUGAGGGGAUUAUGAUGGGGGGGGGACGACAAGGAGAAGAAUUUUAGUGAUCACAUGAUGCUGACUGUAACUUCCCGGACAAAGAUUAAGCUCGGGAGUUGAAACGAUUUUCCACGGAGAAUCAGCAGUGACGCUGCCGAUUAGCACAAGACUUAAUCUGUGCUCGGGAAACUGGCCAAGCGAGUGUUUUUAAUGCCAGUUAUUUCGUGUGGCGAGUGGAACAGAAAAAUACAUAAAUGCGUGUGGAUUGUGGGCUGGCGCUGUUCACACGCACUAAUUUA